AUGGGUGAGAAGAUGCAACACUGUCUCCUGCUUGUGCUGUGUUUGUCGGGGCUUGUUCAACGCUCAGCUGCCUUGGUGUCUUGGACAGCGGUGGUGGAGAUAAGCUAUGUUAACAGCAACAAUGUGACGGAGGAGAAAGUCUGCGAGUGCGGAGUAUACGGUCGUGACUCUCCUCUGGACAAAGCCAAAGGGAUAGUGACGCUUCCCAAGGGAGACCCCGUAGCCUGCAACCCAUAUGACUUCUCCAACCGCAAUUCCAGCUCACCGCCCUGGAUAGCCCUGGUUAAAAGAGGCAACUGCACCUUCGCUGAGAAGAUCAACGCUGCCAAACGCCAAGGGGCAGCCGGUGUGGUCGUGUACAAUGAGGACGGCAGUGGGAACAGCACCACUCAGAUGGUACACCCAGAUGCAAAGGGGAUUGUGGCAAUCAUGAUUGGCAACUCACUGGGCAUGAAUAUUGUCAGGCUGGUGAAAGAUGGGACAGAGGUUCAGAUGCUUAUUGACGUGGGCAACAGUCAAUCCAGACCCUGGAUGGAUGCCUACUGGCUCUGUUUUCUGUCCAUCACCUGCUGCCUCCUUUGUAAAGGAGAUCUCUGAUCUCAAUGAGCCUAACCUGGUUAAACAAAUGCUCAAUAAUAAUAAAACAUUAACAUCACUCAGUAUACAUGUAUACAAUCUACUAGAAUAAUAUUAUGUUGUAUUAUGGGAAUGGCUAAAUAUUUCAUCUAAAUCCUCAUUAAUCCAGGUAAUGCAACAUUAAGACAAAGAUCUGCACAUUAUACAGUGAAGUUUAGAUCA